AUGCCCAGUGGUAACCCCGCUGAGGAGACAAAAGGCAGCAUAAAAGUGACAGCCUAUGACUGCAAGCACUGUGAUAUCAGCGUAUGCGAGUUUUCCAAUUUCAGUUGCUGUGCUGUAAUUGGUGAAACACAAAACAAGAUAUUUUCAAAUGAAGUAAUUCAGCUGGUGACCGAUGAAACAUAUGUCACUAUGUGCUUUCAGCAAGCAUAUACUUUCCCAGAAGGAAUUUAUGCCAUCAUCUGGGCAAAAGCUGAGGGAAUAGGAGAUUCAUGUGGCAUCUUGAAAGCUGAAGAGCUUGGUUCCUGUGGGCUCAUUGCUCCGCAUCUUUACCGAUUCCUCGUCAUCUUCACUCAGCAAACAAGACACCUUUGGCAUCAUUACCAUGUUUGUGGUUUUUGUGGGUUGUGCUGUAGUGCUGGACUGCUCGUAGUGCAUAAUCACAUCUUUACAAGUGAAGAAAAUGAAUUUCUUGAACAUUCACCGGACUUUAUCAGUGCCCGUGAAGGAGAUUCUAUCAGUAUAAUUUGCUCUAUGAAAAAAUCAGAAAAUGAAGUGGGGACAUACUUGAGGACUAGUAUACAGCCGACCAACAUAGUAUAUCUUUCCAGCCAGAACACUUCAUUUAUCCUUCCUGCUUUAGCUGAUCGCACCAGUUAUUCAAACGAAGGAAAAAAUCUGAGGGUAACUCUGCGCAAUAUACAGGAAAAUGAUUCCAAUAUCUACCUUUGCAGCAAUUUUAUAAAAGAAAGCAAUUAUGUAAAGCUAAAUGGAAAGACAACCAUGUUAGUGGUGAGAGCUAAAAAUAAUGGAGUUGUUGAACAGUCACCGCUUUCACACAGUGUUCAGCAAGGCCAGUCUCUCAGCAUUACUUGUUCACUGAAAAGCUCGCAUGAAGAAGAAGGGAUCUUCUUGCUCAAGACUCACGUGAAACCUGAAAGAGUGUUAUAUGUUUCAAGGCAGAAUAUUUCAACUAUCUUUCCUGCUUUUGCAAAUCGCUUGGACUAUACAAAGCGAGAGAAGACAUUAGUGAUAAUUCUGCACAACCUACAGAAAAGCGACAGUGACGUAUACGUGUGUGUUGGAGUGUUUAAAAAUUCCGCUGUCCUCUCACUGAAUGGAAGUGGCACCAUGGUGCUGGUUAACGAAAUGGAGCAGACAUGGUGUAGCAAUAAUUCCUGGAGCUUCUAUGGUCUUAUCACUGCGGUGGUGCUGCUCAUUUCUGCACUGGUAUGCUGCGUCUUCUACCACAUCAAUAUAAAGAAAUAUUUCCAGAAAAGAAAACCAAAUGCAGUAUAUGAAGAUAUGUCUUAUGGUUCUAGACGUAACACAUUGGUUGGAACUAAGACUUCUGGCAUUAAAAAUUAACCUCUUGCUAGCAGGAACCAUGCAUGGAUCAACAGUUCCUUUCCAGUCUCUCUGAGAGCUACCUUAGCAACUUGGUGCAGCGGUUGAAUUGAAAAUGCUAUCUAACUUUGUUUCUGAAAAGAAAUAUCUACUUCAUUGCCAAAGCUCUGUUUCCAUUUCUUUUGGUUACUUGUGAAAUACAAUUUGUUUCUUUUAUCUACAGGAAAUAAAGAGAUGCAGUUACUCUAUA